AAGUUGGGAAUGGAAAGCGUACAUCUGACAGAUAACGGAGUUCACUCAGCAAACGAGGGUUCUCAGGCUUGGCACGUUGGGCCCCUGUCAUCCGGGUCCUUCCCGCUCCGGCGCCCUCCCGAGCCUCUGUUCACAGCGAGGAGCCAGGGUUGGGCCGCGCAGCGGUGCGGUGUGCGCAUGCGCGGGGGUGUUCUCGCUCGCCCUGCGUCCCUCCUUCCCAAACCUGGUCUGAAGUAACCUUUUGUUAAUUGUUUUCCUGAAGGGACCGAAUAUCCGCCUUUUGAAGUCGGUGCAGACAGCCUCCGGGAGUUCUUCGGCGUGUUCUGCAGCUUCCCAUCCCAGUGUGCCUGUACCACAGAAAGGACUUUUCCAGAGUACUACAAGGCUACCACAACAGUCUUUGCAGACAGCAUCUUACUGAAUCCACCAUUGUCUAGAGCUGCAGGAGGUUGGCUCUUCAAAUCCAGGCUGAUAUCUUGGUCAUAGGAAGAAGUAAAGUUAAGGAUAAUGGAGCAAGGUGUUCUUCACGAAUGGGAAAUGCGCCUUAAAACCAAAGGGACAGAAGUUGAGCAGGAUAUUUUUUGGUCAGAUGCAUCAAAUGAGAUCCAAUUGGCAGACAGCAACACUGGAGAGGAACUCUAUGACUCCAAGGAAAUCACAAAAGUCUUUAUUGGACACUCAGACCUGCAGACACACAUGAAUGUUCCAAAUAUAGAGAACACUUCGGAGUGUAAUCAGUAUGGAAAAGACUUUCUUCCUCUGGUCCAGGAAAGCCCCAAUGAAGAGAAAUUUUCUCUGUUGAUUCAGCGGGAAGAAGCCUUCACCCUGGCUCCAAACCUUGAUUACCAGAAAGCGUGCACGGAAGACAAGUCCUUUGAAUGCAGUGAUUGGGGGAAAGCCUUUGUUAAUCAACCAAACCUUCAGGCCCAGGACACAGCUCACAAUGGAGAAAAGUUCUAUGAAUGGGAGCCCACUAGCUGUCCUGCCAUUGUUAGGAGACAUCCUAUAAAGGAGCCCUACGAAUGUGGAAAUUUCUUCACGUAUCCUUUGUACCUGAAUAAUCAUAUGGGAACUCACACUUGGCAGAAGCCCUAUGAAUGUAAGGAAUGUGGGAAAGCCUUCACUGUGCACUCUGCUCUUACUGCCCAUUUACGAAGUCAUAAUAGGAAGUCUUAUGACUGUAAGGAAUGUGGGAAAGUGUUCACUAAAUCCUCCGGCCUCAUUGAACACAUGAGAAGUCACACAGGAGAAAAACCCUUCGAAUGUGACCAGUGUGGGAAAGCCUUUGCUUCCUCCUCAUACCUGAUUGCACAUUUGAGGACUCACACUGGAGAGAGGCCCUUUGAGUGCACCAUGUGUGAGAAAACGUUCACACGUUCCUCGUACCUUCGCAUUCACAUGCGAACUCACACAGGAGAGAAGCCCUAUCAGUGUAAGGAAUGUGGGAGAACCUUCGCUGUGCGCUCAUGCCUUAACAUACACUCCCGCACACAUACUGGGGAGAAGCCCUACAAAUGUAAGGAGUGUGGAAGAGCCUUCACUAGCUUUCGUCAACUCACUGAACACAUGAAAACUCACACUGGCGAGAAGCCCUUUGAAUGUCACGUAUGUGCAAAAUGCUUUAGAAAUUCCUCAUGCCUUAAAAAGCACUUCCGAAUUCACACUGGAGUAAAACCCUAUAAAUGCAAUUACUGUGGCAAAGCCUUUUCUGGGCAUACUGGCUUUACUACGCAUAUACUGACUCACACUGGGGAGAAGCCAUAUCAGUGCAAAGAGUGUGGGAAGGCCUUUACCACAUCCUCACAUCUGAUUGGGCAUCUGAGAAGUCACACAGGAGAGAAACCCUUUGACUGUCACCAGUGUGGGAAGGCCUUUGCCUCUUCCUCCUAUCUUACUGUGCACUUGAGGACUCACACUGGAGAGAAGCCCUUCGAGUGCACAGUAUGUGGGAAAGCAUUCUCACGUUCCUCCUAUGUCCGCAGGCACAUGAGAACUCACACUGGAGAGAAACCCUAUGAGUGUAAGGACUGUGGGAAAGCCUUCAGUGAGCGCUCAGGCCUCACCAAACACUUGAGAACACACACUGGGGAGAAGCCCUAUCAGUGUCAGCAGUGUGAGAAAGCAUUCAUUAGCUUUUCGCAGCGAACGGAACACAUGAAAACUCAUACUGGUGAGAAGCCGUUUGAAUGUCAAGUAUGUGCAAAAUCCUUUAGGAAUUCUGCAUGCCUUAAGACUCACUUUCGAAUUCACACUGGAAUAAAACCGUACAAGUGUAAGGACUGUGGCAAAUCCUUCACUGGGCGGACCAGCUUUACUACCCACGCUCUGGCUCAUACAGGGAAGAAGCCAUACGAUUGCAAGGAAUGUGGCAAAGCCUUCAGUACUUCCUCCUAUUUGAUCCAACAUCUCCGAAGCCACACGGGAGAGAAACCCUUUGAAUGUAAGCACUGUGGGAAGACAUUUGUCUCCUCCUCAUCUCUUCAUCUCCACUUAAGGACUCACUCUGGAGAGAAGCCCUUUGAGUGUUCAGUGUGUGAGAAAGCAUUUACCUGUUCCUCCUACCUUCGCAGGCACGUGCGAACGCACACUGGAGAGAAGCCCUAUAUGUGUAAGGAGUGUGGGAAAUCCUUUACCGAGUGUUCAGGUCUUUCUAAACAUGUAAGAACUCACACUGGGAGGAAGCCCUAUGAAUGUAAUGAAUGCGGAAAAGCCUUUGCUGCUUCUACUCAUUUAAAUACACAUUUAAAAAUUCACACCAAACAUAAACUCUCUAAAUGGAAGGAAGGUGGGAAGGCCUUCACUAGCUCCUCUGAUCUUAACGAACACAAGUCAUCCAUGAAGAAAAACACUUUGAAUGUAAGGAAUGAGGAAAGUCUGUGAAGUGCUCAGUCUGUAGUCAUCACAUUUGAAUGCAGUCUUGGGACACUCUAUCAAGGUAUAAAAGCAUUCAAUUGUCUUCAUUCACUUUGAAGACACAAGAGACCUGACUAGACUCUGCUCUAUAAAUACAAGGAACAUGGGAGAGCUGUCGGAAUCUCCCCACAAUCCAGCAUGAAUGAAGAACUCAGCCUUGAGGCUCUGUGGUGUAGGAAACAUGCUGGAGUGAAACCCUAUUGAUGUAAGAUAAUACAUGCAAAAUUGUAGUUGUUCACCAAUUGAUCUCACAGUGAUUUCAUGAAAGUUAGGAAGUCUCUUUUUACAUAUCCUUUUAGUAGAUGUGAUUCACACUGAAGAGACACUGCAUGAGUAGAAUGUGGGCAGUGCUUCCAUGUGUCCAGAACUCUUACGUGCUGACAGACUUGGAUUCGUAGGUGGUUCUAUAGAUACAUUUUAAUGUUUUAGAUAUUUUAUAUAUUUCAUUAUUAGUAUGUGUUCUUAACUUUGGUUAUAAUUUCCACUACAGUUUUCUUUUUUAAAACAUCUUCAUUGAGAUGUCAUUGUAUUUAGGUACACAGUCUGAUGUGUAAACAUUGUGAAAUGAUUAAACCCACUCAAGCUAGUUAGCAUAUUCAUCUCCUUACAUGCCUACCACCUUCCCUACCAGAUAGAUUUUUGUGGUGGGGUGGGAUGGACGUGGUUGCUGUGGCUCCAAUCCAGGGCCUCUGUUAGGCUAGCAUCCUACCACAGAGCUAUACUCCUAGUUCCCAUGCUUUUACGUGUAUGCCAGAAAAAUACUUUCUACUGUCUUAAAUUGUUACUAUUGAUAGCAUAAUGUCUAGUACUUAUGCGUCCUGUGAGUAAAAGUUUGUACCUUUUAUCUUCCCCUUUUUUCCCCAACUCUAGCUUCUUGUAAUCAUUGUUCCAAUCUGUUUCUGUGAGUUUGACACUUUAAAGUAUGUUCUUACGAGUUUUGGGCUUUUGGUUUUGUUCUGGGUUUUUGAGCUAGGUACUGUUUUGUUUCCCAGACUGGCCUUGUAGUCAUGAUCCUCCUUUCUCGUUGGUGCUAGGAUUACAGGAAUGUGCCACCACACUGAUACUUUUAGGCUUUGUUUUUUACUUUAAAUCUGCCAAUUUCAAUUAGUAUUAACAUAAUGUCCUACUGGAUCAUUGAUGCUAAUGUGAAUGGCAGUUUCUUUUUCCUAAGACUUAAUAUUAAAUUUUAUAUAUACACCAUAUUUUAUCUGUUCAUGUAUUGAAGGUAACAGGGUGUUUCCACACCUUGGCUCCUAAGAGUUACUGGUGCUGAGAUGUGCAUGGUGGCAUGUGCCUGUAGUCCCCUCUACUCUGGAGGAUGAGAUGGGAGGAUGGAUGGCUUGUGGGCUACAUAGUGGGCUCCCAUCACACAAAACAGUACUUCUGCAAUGAACAUGGGCAUUGUUCUUGGGCAGGAACAUAUUCAUUUCCUUAGAUACAUAUCCAGAGAUAAGUUUUUGCUGGACAGUUUUGUUUACUUUUUUUUUCCUAUUUUUUUUCUCUGUGCUAGUCCUGGGGGCUUAAAUUU